AUGUCAUCGCAGAGGCUAGAGAAAGAAGAACUGCAGAGACAGAGAGGGGGAGAGAUGGAGAUAGGGGUGGGGGAAGAGGAAGAGCUGCGAGAGCCGUACAAGGGGAUCCGGAUGAGGAAGUGGGGCAAGUGGGUAGCCGAGAUCCGAGAGCCCAACAAGCGGACGCGGAUUUGGCUCGGCUCGUACUCCACGCCUGUGGCGGCGGCGCGGGCCUAUGACACCGCCGUGUACUACCUCCGGGGACCGUCGGCGCGGCUCAACUUCCCGGAGUUCCUAGCUGGAGAGGCCGCCGCGCCGGCGAGUUGUCGGCGGCGUCGAUACGAAAGAAGGCGAUAG